GAGAAGGGUGUGGGGGGUUUCAGAGACAGUUUGGGAUAGAUGGAUGCCAUCCUGCAGAACGCCGGUCACCAAUGGUGCUUCAGUGAGGUGUAAUUUCAUGGAUGAAGUCGAGACAUACACAAGAGUUGCCAGGGAACAGUGAGGACAUUUUUGAGCCACUGUCAGCCAUUUCUGAGCAGAGCUGUUGGCAUCCAUAACCGAUCCCGACUGUUACGCACCGGCGGUGAGAUUCAUUCAAGGCCGAUGACUUUUAAGGAGAAUCAGCUGACCGUCCCGCUGCUGACUUCCAUCGUGGCAGCGGUGCUCGGCUCCCUCCAGAUAGGAUACCACACAGGCAACAUCAAUGCCCCUGCCCGAGUCAUUGAGGAGUUUUUCAACUCAACAUGGAGAUCCAGACACAAUCAGUCAAUACCAGAGCACAGUCUCACGUUCCUGUGGUCCCUCUCUGUUAGUAUUAAGGACUUUGGAGCACUGCUUGGUUCACUUGGGGUCAAAGGUCUUGCUGAUACUUUUGGGAGGCGUAAUGCAAUUCUGAUAGUGAAUGCUUUAUCAGUGGUGGGUGCCUCUCUGAUGUUCAUGAGCAAAGCCACAGGGUCAUUUGAAGUGCUUAUCGUGGGUCGGCUGAUCUUUGGUUUGUUCUGUGGCCUGGUGAUGAGUCUGAACCCGCUGUACAUUCAGGGUGUCUCGCCCACGAACCUCCGCGGUGCCUUUGCAACUCUGAACCAGGUCUCCUUCGCCUCAGGCAUUCUGCUGGGCAUGGUGGUGGGCUUGGAAACGGUAUUGGGUACAGAGAAAUACUGGUCCCUGAUGUUGUCUCUGUCCCUUAUUCCUGCAACGCUCCAGUAUGUAAGCCUUCCUUUUUGCCCUAAAAGCCCCCGCUUCCUCUUCAUCAACAGGGGCAAAGAAAAAGAAGCAGAGGCGGCCCUGAGAAAACUUCGGGGAAAUCCAGAGAUGGUGAUGAAAGAAAUGGAGGAGAUGAGAGAGGAAGCCGCACAUAGUGAAACAGGAGUGACUGUGAGAGAAUUCCUCAAGAAGAAGCGCUACAGGCAGCCGAUAAUACUUGUGCUUAUCAUAAACCUGGGCAGCCAGUUAUCUGGAUUCAAUGCGAUCAUAAAUUAUUCUACAAAAAUGUUUGCCCAGUCCAAUUUUGAUGAGGCCAAAUAUCUGACACUAGGGGUUGGGGCCGUCAAUGUGGCAUUCACCAUAGUAGCAUUCUUUUUGGUGGAGAGAGCGGGACGCAGGAAGUUGUUGCUUGCUGGAUUUCUGUCACUAGCGCUCUGCAACCUACUUAUGACCAUCACAUAUUCCAUAAUGAACAUAGUUCCAGGCAUCCGUAAUAUUCAGGUGCUGGUGGUUUUCUUCCUGAUCUCAGCUUAUGAAGUGGGGCCUGGGCCAAUCUCUUGGUUCAUUGCCGCUGAGCUUUUUGACCAGUCGGCUCGUCCCAUUGCCAUGGCCUUCACUAGUAUGCUUAACUGGGGAGGGAAGUUUUUACUAGCACUGCUCUUUCCACCUCUGCUGAAACUGUGUGGGGCGUACGUCUACCUCCUCUUCAUGUGUAUGGCCUUGCUCGCCUUCACCUACACCAUGUUUCGUCUUCCUGAGACCAAGGGACGCACUUUUGAUGACAUUGCGGCUGAGUUCCGUGGGGCCGAAGGCAUUCCACUACAUGACAAGACCACAUUUAACACAUUUACCUGAUCACAAGCUUUUGGGUUAGCGGGACCAGUAAACACUAAUCAACUCAAAUGCAAUGGGUGUGUUUA